AUGGAUCCGUUGACGGCGCAGCAAACAGACGAGUACUUGGCACGUCUCGGUGUGCCUAAGAAGGAGCCUUUCACCGCCGACCUGGAUUUGCUUCGAACCCUCAUAGAGGCACACCUGCAACGCGUUACCUUCGAGAAUAUCGACGUUUUGCUGGGUCGACCGAUUGCGCUGGACGUCAACUCGCUGUUCGCCAAGGUGGUGGAGCGCGGGCGUGGUGGCUACUGCUUCGAGCUCAACUCCCUGUUCGCUCGUCUUCUGCAAGCUCUGGGCUACCAGCUGCGUUUGCGCAUGGCCCGAGUUCGCUGGGGUCUUCCUCGAGAAGCACCUAUGACGCUUCAGCAGCACGUGGUGCUCAUUGUGGACCUCCCCGAGGGCGAGCACCUUGUGGACGUGGGAUUCGGUGCGGCCAACCCAUACCUUCCGCUGCCCCUAAACGAAACGCAGGUCAGCGUGAACCACCCGUACUGGCUGCGACAGAUCGGUGCUGAAGCUGACUGCGAACCUGGUACGCUGGAACUUUGUAUUCGAGGCCGUGAUGAGUGGAUAACGCUGUACCGCAUAGAACCGCGCGAUCAGCGCUGGCGGGACUGUGUCCCACUAAACUGGUACACUUGUACGAAUCCUGAUUCUAUAAUGCGACGGGUGCUCAUGAUGGGGCGCACGGAUGGAGAGGCGUGGCUCAGUUUGUUCAAUGGUCGGUACAGGCGCCGCCUGCGCGUCUGUGGCGGCAACGCCGUGCAGAAGAGGCAGAUCAAGGACGUGGACGACUUGCUUUCCCUGAUCCAAACUGAGUUUUGCCUUCAGCUGUGCCCCGAUGAUUUGGAAUCACUGCGUAGUCGCUUGUUAACAUUUAACCUCGAGGAACUUCGCUUUUAA